UGUUCACUGGUUGCAAAAAAAACAAGAUGGCGACGGACAAAACGCUGAUCUAGAGGCUUGAAAACAUCACGAUGACUACGUCCACUUCUUCUAGAAUUGUAUGAUGAUCCUCCUCAUCCUUUUUUUCCUCUGUUUUGGCAGCAGCUCUGACAUCAUCUGGAGAGAGACAUGACCUCACUAUACAGACAGACAGAGACAGACUGUGUGUGUGUGUGUGUGUGUGUGUGUGUGUGUGUGUGUUCGUCUCACAGCUUCAGUUUCCUUUCAGACCCAGCUGGACUGAUUAUGACAUCAUGACUCCACCCAACAGAGUUCAGAGGGUGGAGAAAACAAACACGCCUCAGAGAGGAAUUCUGCUCAUUUCAAAGGAAUCUAUUAAACAUCAGGACGGACACCCUGACCGGCUACAGUGUGGACUGGAGGUGGGAGGACGUCUCUUCCUGCUGGACCUGGAGAAGAACCAUGACCUGCUGCCCAAACCGCCCAACGUCUUCUACUACCUGCCCAACGGCACUGGAGUGUCUAUGAGGGCCGACCCUGUGACUCACUGUUAUUAUCACGGCAACGUCAGAGGAUACCCUCAGUCCAGAGUGGCUCUGAGCACCUGCUCCGGACUCCGCGGCCUCAUCGCCUUCAACUCCACGCUGAGCUUUGAGCUGCAGCCUCAGGAGGACCUGCACCCCCACCAGCAGGGGAGGGGGGGGGAGGAGGAGGGAGACGGGAGUGGAGGGAGCAGAGGAGGAGGAGGAGGAGGAGCAGGAGUAGCAGGAGGAGGAGUUCACCUGCUGUUCUCCACCAGCCCUCUGGAGGGCCACGGUGCCGGAGGUUGUGGAGUCUCACAAGCCGCUGUGCCUCCGCUCCACAGCUCCACACACACACACCGGAGGAGGAGAGACAUCCUGUCUGAGACCAAAUACAUCGAGCUGGUGCUGGUGGUCGAUCACCAGGAGGUCAGUGUUUAUCU